AUGAAGACCAACUUCGGUGUCCUCCUGGCCUUCCUGGCCGCCGCCCGUGCCCAGCAGGCUUGCACGUCUCAGGCUGAGACGCACCCUCCUCUGACCUGGCAGAAGUGCACUGGCACCGGCGGUUCCAGCUGCACCAACGUCUCGGGCUCCGUCGUCCUCGACUCCAACUGGCGAUGGACUCACACCGUCUCCGGAUCCACAAACUGCUACGACGGCAACAAGUGGACCGCCUCUUGCGGUACCGACGGCACUACCUGCGCCCAGCAGUGCUGCGUUGACGGCGCUGACUACGCCAACACCUACGGUGUUACCACCAGCGGCAAUGCCCUGACCCUCAAGUUCGUCACCAAGCACCAGUACGGCACCAACAUCGGCAGCCGUGUCUACCUCAUGGAGAACGAGACCAAGUACCAGGCCUUCAACCUCCUCGGCAACGAGUUCACCUUCGACGUCGACGUCUCCAAGACCGGCUGCGGUCUCAACGGCGCUCUGUACUUUGUCUCCAUGGACCUGGACGGUGGUGUUUCCAAGUACUCCACCAACAAGGCCGGUGCCAAGUACGGUACCGGUUACUGCGACAGCCAGUGCCCCCGCGAUGUCAAGUUCAUUGGCGGUGUUGCCAACGUUGCCGGCUGGGUCCCUGCUGCGGAUGAUCCCAACUCUGGUGUCGGUAACCUCGGUGCCUGCUGCGCUGAGAUGGAUAUCUGGGAGGCCAACAAGAUCUCCACCGCCUACACUCCCCACCCUUGCCAGAACAACGCCUACCACACGUGCCAGGGCGACAAGUGCGGGCGGCACCUACUCUGCUGA